AUGCUCCCCACCGAGCUCGUCCAGCAUCAGAAAACCAUACAAACCAGCAGCCAACACCUGCUCUUCCUGCUCUCACUCUCACUUCUGACAAUCUACACCUUCACAUGGUCUCGCUGGAAUCUUCGCUUGGGACUUGAUCAGCUGCACUUGAUCCAGCUCAUACUCAUCUACUUUUUCUCGCAAAGGUUUUCCUCCCAGGGUGGUGCCCCAUCGGGAACGACAAGCAAUGAGAAGGAUAGAAAGCUUAACCAAGCGGAUGAAAAGAUGACCGUUUCCACGAUCAACUCGCGAUGGACGAUUGGAGGCGGAGAGCUGGAUGCGAGGUGGCGAGAGAUGGAAAUGAGCGAGCUGAGAAUGGAGAAGUAUUGGCCGCCGGGGAAGGUCAAAGCGUCACUUGGCGGGUUUGACCAUGAUAAGAUUCCCAACGAUAUCUAA